UCACAGCGGCCACGGCGGCCACUGUGCCAACAACGGCCCCGACACCUACGGCGGUCAUUACGGCGGCGACGACGACGGCUACGGUGGCCACGGUGACGACGACGACAACGGCCACGGUGGCCACGGUGGCGACGACGACAACGGCCACGGUGGCCACGGUGGCCACGGUGGCGACGACGACAACGGCCACGGUGGCCACGGUGGCCACGAUGGCGACAACGACAACGACAACGGCCACGGUGGUCACGGUGGCUACGAUGGCGACGACAACGACAACGGCCCCGACGGCCGUGGUGACGGCAACGACCCCGACGGCCAUGGCGACGACAACGACAACGGCGACGACGAUUCCGAUGGCCACGAUGGCCACGGCGGCGAUGUCGGGAACCGUACCAAUUAUAUUAACCCCAGAACAGUUGCAGUCAAUAGUUCAAGGGGCAAUUCUCGCCUCUCAGAGAGGAAGUUGGAGGGGAAGAUGAAGAGGAAUAGGAAGAGGAAGAGAUUACAACAACAGAAGUCGAGGUAG